AGCAGAGCAGCGCAGCGCAGCGCAGCGCGGAGUAUGGUGCCGCCGAACCCGACAGGGACCGUGUGGGACUGAACUGUUCAUUUCUCAGGAGGAAUCCUCCGGAACCACCAGAACCUCUGCUCCGCGACCCGCAGACAGGGAUCUAAAUGACAAGCAGAACCAUCCAGUGAUGGAGAGCAAGGCUUUACUUCGCUGUAAGAUCGUGGUGGUCGGGGACUCUCAGUGUGGGAAGACGGCUCUCCUCCACGUUUUUGCCAAAGACUCGUAUUCAGAGAACUACGUUCCCACCGUGUUUGAGAACUACACAGCCAGUUUCGAAAUCGACAAGCAGAGGAUUGAGCUGAACAUGUGGGACACUUCAGGUUCGGCCUACUAUGACAACGUUCGGCCGUUGGCGUAUCCCGACUCGGACGCUGUGCUCAUCUGCUUUGACAUCAGCCGUCCGGAAACCCUGGACAGCGUGGUGAAAAAGUGGCAAGGCGAGAAGCAGGAGUUCUGCCCGAAUGCCAAAGUGGUCCUGGUCGGCUGCAAGCUGGACAUGAGGACGGACGUCAGCGUCAUGAGAGAGCUUUCCAAACACAGGCUGAUUCCUGUUACCCACGAACAGGGGACCAAUCUGGCGCGGCAGAUCGGCGCUGUGGCCUACACCGAGUGCACCUCGAAGUUCUCUGAGAACAGCGUCCGCGACGUCUUCCACGUCACCACGCUGGCCUCCGUGUUCAACAUUCAUCGGCCGCAGGUCAAACGCGCGACAACGCGUCGCACCCACAAGCGGAUCUCGCAGCAGCCUCCUCGGACUGAGAUUCACGAACAUCCGCCCGCCAUCAGGAAGGACCGGGCGAAAAGCUGCGUGCUCAUGUAGCGAUCCGUGUCGACUGAUGGGCACGAGCGCCACUGCACAUAAACUUUUAUAAUUUAUUUGUGAAUUCCUGUCACAUUUUUUGCACUGUAACAAGAACAAUAUGGCAAAAAAGAAAAUGAAUGGAGCUCUGAGUGAUUUCUUUUUUUUGUGGUCAAUUUUCUGCAAAGCUCUGCUUGUUAUUUUUCUUUUUGGCUGUGCUAUCAUCCCGAGGAGGCCGGUAAUGUGGCUGAAGCUUCUUUUUUUUUUUAAAGCUUUUACAAGAAAUAAUAAUAAAAAAAGGACAGGAACUGUUUGGUUUAAAAACAAAUCGCAGCAAAGUGAGUGGGGAAGAACUGAAGAAUAAAUAGUUUCGUAUUUUAAAUGCUGUUUUUGUCUUCAUGUUCCAGGAAAUGAAGCACAAAAGAGCUCAGAGAAAUCUGUAAAUACUGAAGAAUGACGUUUUCUUUUAAACUGAAAUAAAACAAACCUUAAAAACAACCUCACGGGCUAAUAAAAACACUAAUUUUCUUAAACCACAAGUGCUUUAAUACGGAAAAAAAAUAGCUCAUUAUGUAACCUGAGAUGUUGUGUACUUACUUUUGUUCUAAUUAAGGGUGGGGAAGUCUAGAAAGGAUUUAUGAGGAUGCAUAUUAUGUUGUUCAUGCAGCUUUGAAAUAAAAAAAAAAAAAACUGGAUCUG